AUGGCCGACCUCUGGCUGCUAAAGCUCAGGGAGCAGUCGUACAUGGAGAGCGUGGUGACCUUCCUGCAGGAUGUGGUCCCUCAGGCUUAUACCGGGGCUCCGCCUACGGAUGAGAAGGAAAAGAUCAUCUGGGUUCGCUUUGAGAGAGCUGACAUCAAUGACACGGCCAGGAACCCAGAGUUUCUGGAGAUGCACGGUGGGACGUCAGAGCCUCCGCUCUGCCUCAUGAUGGGCUACACUGAUGGCAUGCAGAUCUGGAGCAUAUCUUUGGCAGGAGAAGCCCAGGAGCUGUUCUCUGUGCGUCACGGACCUGUCCGAGCUGCUCGCAUUCUUCCUGCUCCUCAUAUCAGUCCUCUGAAAACCGAUAGCUUUGCUGAGAAGAGGCCGUUGCUGGGGGUCUGCAAGAGCGCAGGGUCUUCAGGGUACCAGAUCGGCUUCAUGGCCGUGACGUUAGGCUACAUGAUCGGCUGA